AUGGGAAAUGCGAGGUUUGGAGAAGUUCCUUACCUGAAAAUCCACUCGCUCCUAUCUCACCUGACCUAUCGACUCAGGUCAGGGGAGAUCUGUGUAGCGCAGUGGAUUCCCAUGAAUCUGUCCAAGGCUGCGGUGUUGGAGGUAAGGAGGAAUUGCUGUAAGUUUAAAGGUCCAGCCGCUUUGAGCAGCCAGUGGGAAGAGAAGUUUAUAAGACUCCCGCCUGUCCUAACUGGCUGGAAAGUCUGUGAUGUUAAAAUAAUGUUGGGCUGGAGCAGCAUUGAGUUGGUUGAACGAGGCUCUGCACAGUUGGGCUCCCAGUGCAGGGCCUUUAGCCGCAGCAUGUCAGCUAACACUGAGCUCACGGUUCCUCCACCCCAGACCCUCCUGCAACCUCUCGUUGUCCCAAAAAAACUACUGCUGGGACCAGGCCCCUCAAAUAUCUCCUCCCGGGUCCAAGAGGCAGGGGGCAAGCAGGUGAUUGGACAUAUGCAUACCGAAAUGUUUGAGAUUAUGAAUGAGAUAAAGGCUGGAAUACAGUAUGCCUUUCAAACCACAAACAAUUUGACGCUGGCAAUCAGUGGCUCUGGGCACGCAGCUAUGGAAGCAGCCUUAGUUAAUGUGGUGGAGCCAGGAGAUGUGGUGUUAAUCGGAAUUCAUGGUGUGUGGGGUGAAAGGGCAGCAGACAUCGCUGAGAGAAUUGGCGGAGAUGUCAGGAGAUUUGUAAAACCUCCCGGGGAAAAUUUCACCUUGCAAGAAAUCGAGCAGGCUCUAGUGCAGCACAAGCCCAUUCUGUUCUUCAUCACACAUGGGGAAUCCUCCUCGGGCGUGGUUCAGAAGAUGGACGGGAUAGGACCUCUCUGUCACAAGCAUAACUGUUUGCUGCUGGUUGAUUCUGUUGCCUCUCUGGGAGGGGUCCCUCUCUAUAUGGAUAAGCAGGGUAUUGACAUCCUUUACUCGGGAUCCCAGAAAGUCCUCAACUGCCCUCCUGGAACAGCGCCGCUCUCCUUCAAUGACAAAGCCUGCCAGAAAAUAUUUAAUCGAAAGAAGAAGCCAACUUCACUGUACCUUGACAUGGGUUGGCUCUCAAACGUCUGGGGCUGUGACGGGAGCCCAAGAAAAUACCACCAUACAACACCCAUCACUGGUCUUUUCGCAUUGAGAGAGGCGCUUGCAAUUCUUGCAGAAGAAGGUCUUGAGAAAAACUGGAAGCUUCACCAGGAGAAUGCUGAGUACCUACACAAAGGCUUAGAGGACUUGGGAUUAAAACUCUUUGUAAAGGACAAGGCCAUAAGACUCCCCACAGUUACAACAGUUGCGGUACCAGAAGGUUAUGAAUGGAAAGACAUCACUGAUUUUAUCAUGAAGAACUAUCAGAUUGAAAUCACUGGGGGACUGGGUCCCACUAUUGGAAAGGUUUUGCGGAUUGGAUUAAUGGGCAUCAACUGCACAAAAGCCAACGCGGAUCUUGUGCUUGGAGCUUUGAAAGAUGCCCUUAAGCACUGCAAGAAAAGCAAGCACUGA